CUUGGAGAGGUUUAAUUUUUCAAACUACCUUUCGAUGUAAGUUACGAAGUAGGAUCUUAGGCAUGUCUGUGUUGGAAACUCAAAUGGAAUGGAAGAAUUCGAGUUUAGGCAAAGUGGGUAUUAUUUUGAAGGCUAAGCAUAAGGAUUGAGCGAUCUGGGUUUUCAAAUUGACCCUGUUGUAGUCUUCCCUAGCCUGUGUUGGGUCACCCACAUGGGUUGGUGGAGUAAGUUACUUUAAAGCUUCCACCUUGUGAUGCUUUUUAUGAGAAGUGAACAAGUUGAGGAGGAAAAACUCUAGUUCUCUCUCAAGCUUUCUUCACUUCCUGAACUUGUCGUGUCGUGUCUGGCUUUGGCCAUCAUCAAAGUCAAGUCUUCUUCACGAAAAUACACAUGGAUUCAUCACAAAGCACAGCUCUAGGGGGGAAUGGUGGAAGUGGUGGAAAUGGGACAUUGGUUUCUCAAACUAAUGAUAUGACAGCUUCUGCAGCCGGAGCUGAUGAUUCUAUGCAGAAGUUGAGCCAGGUCAGCAACUCAAUUCAGAAAACCUUGGGCCUUAUUCAUCAGCUUUACCUCACAGUUUCUACCUUCAAUGCUGCCUUUCAAAUGCCUCUACUCCAGCGCAUGUAUUUUAUUCUGAUCCUUUUCCUUAAUGGCCUUGUUGUAGAGCUUGACAACAUGGUUAAAUUGGCAGAGAAAUGCAACAUUCAGGUUCCCAUGGAGGUUGUUAAUCUAAUUGAUGAUGGAAAGAAUCCAGAUGAAUUUACCAAAGAUGUUAUAAACAGCUGUAUUGCAAAGAAUCAGAUCACCAAAGGAAAAACUGAUGCCUUAAAGAGUUUGCGUAAAAAUCUUUUGGAGGAAUUGGAGCAGAACUUUCCUGAUGAGGUUGAAACUUUUAGAGAGAGUCGUGCUGCUGCAGCUGCUGAAUUGAAACGUCAGGCACAAGCUCAAAGUGCCCUGCCAAAUGGAGAUGUGAGGGUUAAAUCAGAGCAUUGAGUGACAUGUUUCUUGUGCCUUUUCUUGUCUGUAAAUGGACUCGGAUAUUUCUGUUUCUUUCCUAUGUUAUACAUAUGCAUUGUAUAGUGAAGUUCAUCUUUGCUUCCUUUUUAUCUAUCUGUGUCUUGGUUAAAUGUUGUAAAUUUGCUAAUUUUUGCUUACUGUUAGUUAAUUGAAUAUUAUUGCUGUUUU